AUGCUCGAUGAUGGGUCCGAGUCUGAGCAGGAGAUCCAUCCUAUCAACACAAAACUCUUGCAGGAUGUGCUGAGGCAUUUCCGGCAACAGAUUAGAAAUUUGGAUCCUUCUAGCCCAUCAGAAAAGUGGAGGCACUUGGUCCAAUGGUUUGACAUCACCGACAUGCGGCUAAGAUUUGCGCACAGCAAUGUGUCUCACACUUUUCGACAACCGCCCCACAAAGGCUACAAACUCACCGAGCUUGUGGAUAGCUUUCUUCGUGGCGAUGAGAGGCCAGUUGCUGCCGAUUGGAAGGGCCUUUUGCGGGUGGUGUGCGGCAACCGUCGCUUGUGGACUCUUCGAGAGUUUCUCCGGCGGCAUGGUGGCUGGACCCAUGCGGUUCCACACACCCCAGUCAUUGUUCACUAG